CGGCGAUGGGCGGACGGGCCUGCAGGGACUGAACGGAGGUGGGUGAGACUCGAAGAGACCGGAACUGUAAUCCGGGAGCGGGGAGAAUUGAGAUACAGAACGACCUCGGGGGUGGUCCGGAGCCUAUAUCGUAAGUCAAGACGUGCAUCUGAUGUGCUUGAGAUCCACAGUUGGGUUGCGGUAACAGCAUUUGUGGAAUCUCUACACGGGACAAAAGGCCUCAUCUUUAUUGAAAUGCUCUCUGUCAGGGCAUGAUGUGCAGGUAAUGUGGCACACCCUUCCACGGACUUGAAAUGUCUGACGCAUCCAUCUCAGGGAGCGAGCCGGAGUUGGACCCAGAGGAUAUGGAGGGAGGAGAAGACGAUGAGGAGGAGGAUGACGAAGAUGAGGAGGAGAAUGGAAUGGAUGAUGACAAUGAUGGUGAUGAUGAGGAUGAUGCGCAUGAUAAGGAAAAGUCUCAGACAGCAGCCCUGGGAGCUGAUAAGUCUGAGCAUGUUGGAAAGGAGGCAUGGAAACGUUCAACUACCUCAGGACAAAGUGGGAAAGUAGCAAACAAUGAAGGGACAACAAAGAAGAGGUCUCAAAAACCUGCACAUAUGAGAAGAAACAUCAGGAAACUUCUCCGGGAGGAUCAACUCGAAGCCGUGACCAAAACCGCUCAGCAAGAAGAGUUAGAAAGAAGAAAACGCCUAGAGCAGCAGCGGAAAGAUUACCCUGUGCCCCUCAUCCCAACCUUGCCCCCUGGCUCCCUAGACUUCCUGCACGAUGAGAUUGAAUUGGGAACAGCAGAUGUGUCACAACUCGUGUCCAGUCAGGAGGUCAUCUGUCUGGAUACAAGUAGUGGUGACAGUGAUGACGACUCGAAACUAGCGGGCAUCAAAGAUGAAGUUAUAGAGUUGAGCUCUGGAGAGGAGGACUCUUUGCAUAUAGUGGAUAGUGGCGAGUCGACCAAUGAUGCUGAUGAAGAUCUUAACACUGAGAACAGUGGCUCCCAUGUCAAUGAUGCUUUGAACCAGCCAGAUGCGUUGGGCCUUGUCUUGGUCAAUAUUAAUCACCCACCCAAUGAGAAGGACAUUUACCUAGCUCCACAGCUGGCACGGUCUGUCAAACCUCACCAGAUCGGAGGAAUCCGCUUCCUUUAUGACAACCUCGUUGAGUCUCUGGAGAGGUUCCCCGGCAGCAGUGGCUUUGGAUGCAUCCUCGCGCACAGCAUGGGUCUGGGCAAAACCCUACAGGUCAUCUCAUUCUUGGAUGUGCUUUUCCAACACACACCCGCCAAGACUGUGCUAGCUAUUGUACCGGUGAACACGUUACAGAAUUGGCUGGCUGAAUUUAACAUGUGGCUCCCUUCACCAGAAUCCUUGCCUCCUGAUCACAACCCUGAGCACGUGCAACCUAGAAAUUUCAAGGUUCACUGUAUGAGUGACGAGCACAAAUCCACGGCAGCUCGAGCCAAGGUGGUGAAUGACUGGGUGACUGAAGGGGGCGUCAUGCUCAUGGGAUACGAGAUGUACCGACUGCUUUCCCUAAAAAAAUCUUUCACUGUCGGGAGAAAGAAAAAGAGCAAAAAGGCAGCUGGGCCUGUAAUCAUAGAUUUGGAUGAGGAGGACAGACAGCAGGAGAUGCUAAAAGGGAUAGAGAAAGCCCUCUCAAGACCCGGCCCUGAUGUGGUCAUCUGCGAUGAAGGUCAUCGAAUAAAGAACUGUCAUGCUAGUACCUCUCAAGCCUUAAAAAACAUUAGAUCCCGGCGUCGGGUGGUACUGACUGGCUACCCCCUGCAGAACAACCUUAUUGAGUACUGGUGCAUGGUAGAUUUUGUGCGACCGGAUUUCCUGGGAACCCGGCAGGAAUUUAGCAACAUGUUUGAAAGGCCCAUCCUAAACGGACAGUGUGCUGACAGCACCCCUCAGGACAAGCGUCUUAUGAGAUACCGAAGCCAUGUGUUGCACAGCCUUCUAGAAGGAUUUGUGCAAAGACGUGGACACACAGUCUUGAGGGCUCAGCUCCCAUCAAAAGAGGAGCAUGUUAUACUGGUGCGUCUGUCUCCCAUCCAGAGGGCCCUUUACACUGAAUUUAUGAACCGUUUUCGGGAUGCUGGAAACAGCGGCUGGCUGGGCCUCAACCCCCUGAAAGCAUUCUGUGUGUGCUGUAAGAUCUGGAAUCAUCCCGACAUUCUGUAUGAGGCGCUUCAGAAAGAGAACUUGGCAAACGAGCAAGACCUGGAUGUAGACGACUUAACCACUAAUACCCGCUGCCAGCCGCAGAAUGCAAAGGUGAAGAUGGAGUCUGGAAGCCUCGGUGCCCUCAUGGGAGAAGCGGCUAACAGCAAAAUGUUGCAGGGAAUGACCCUUAAUCCCUCACAGGAGAAGGCCAAUCAAGUUGUUACUUAUGAGUGGGCCAAGGACAUUUUGUGUGACUAUCAGCCCGGUCAGCUGCAUAACUCGCCCAAGAUGGUUCUGCUGUUUCACCUGAUUGAAGAGAGCAUGAAACUGGGAGACAAGAUUCUGGUGUUCAGUCAGAGUCUGUCCACCCUCUCCAUUAUUGAGGACUUUCUAGCGAAACGGCCAAUGCCAGCCACACCAGGGGCAGAUGGCCAGGAAUAUCACACCUGGGUUAGAAACAUCAACUAUUACCGAUUAGAUGGCAGCACAUCCGCCUCUGAAAGAGAGAGGCUAAUAAAUCAGUUUAACGACCCCUCGAACAAACAUGUAUGGCUCUUUCUUCUCUCCACACGUGCUGGCUGCUUAGGUGUAAACCUGAUUGGAGCGAACCGGGUGGUGGUUUUUGAUGCUUCAUGGAAUCCUUGUCAUGAUGCUCAAGCUGUAUGUCGAGUAUACAGAUACGGGCAGAGGAAGCCGUGUCACAUUUACCGUCUAGUGUCUGACUUCACUUUAGAGAAAAAGAUUUAUGAUCGGCAAAUCUCCAAGCAGGGGAUGUCUGACCGUGUGGUUGAUGAUCUAAACCCGGAGAUGAACUUUACCCGCCGGGAAGUGGAAAACCUACUGCAUUUUGUGGAAGAGGAACCAGACUCUUCACGUCAGAACCUGGACCAUUCCAGCUUUAAUGAGACCGUCCUGCAGAAGGCCUGCCUUCUGUACCCCCAUCUCAUCACCAAGGAGCCCUUUCAGCACGAGUCGCUACUCCUGGACCGAAAAGAGCAAAAGUUAACCGCGUCGGAGAAAAAGGCUGCAAAACGCGGGUAUGAAGAGGAGAAAAGGGCAUCCGUGCCCUAUACACGGCCUUCUUACACACAGUACUACCCGGCACCAGACCAUAGCUUGACAAACAUCCCGGCCUUCAGCCAGAGGAACUGGCGCCCACUGCUGAAGGGCGAUGACAGACCCGUGGCAAGCGUGCGGCCCCUGCAAUCUACACCCAUUCCCAUGAUGCCUCGCCACGCUCCUAUGAACCACGCGGGGUCUGCAUCACACUCGAGUCACAACUUUAAUUUUCCUGUCAACUACUUGCAAAGAGCAGGGGUCCUGGUGCAGAAAGUUGUCACCACAACAGACAUUGUUAUUCCGGGAAUGACCACUUCGACCGAUGUACAGGCACGGAUCAGCGCAGGUGAAAGUAUUCACGUCAUUCGUGGCACAAAAGGAACUUAUAUUCGCACCAGCGAUGGACGAAUUUUUGCUAUUCGGGCAGGUGGGAAACAGAAGAGUGGGGAAUCAAGGCGUACAUCCACUUCGGGAGCUCAGGGAUCUUCGGGUUCAUACCUGAGUAAUGGCCGGCAUGCUAGUUCCAGUCCUUCUCAAGAAGCGGAUGAUCAGUCUCGACCCUUUUCACCAGACAGUCCUGAGAUCCUGAGUGAAUUGCAGCAGUAUGCAGAGGCAGGGGCUGCACGUGGUUCACACACUGCCCCCCAGAACAUAAACCCAAACCACCAUCCCCAAGGUCUGGACCAGGCUCAAAAACUGCAGCCUAGAAAGCGUAAAGAACCCCCUGAUCAAUCAAAUCGCUGGCACCAUAAUAAGAGGCCGCCGUUCGCACAGCUGGGAUAUGCCAAUGCAGGAGGAUUUGGAAUGUCGUCGCCUCCUCUGAAUCACAGUUUAUCCCGGCCUGCAAACUCUGCGUACAUGGGAGCGAGCAGUGGCUCAAACCACUUCCAGCUGCCUUCGUUGCUCUCUGAUCCACAAAUAGGCCUUCCACUGGUUCCGGACACUCUGCUAACCCCCUCCUCGGGCGCUUCCUCUAACCCUACCAGUGCGCCCCCAUAUCUUUUACCCCCUGGUUAUGGACUCCCUUUCACACAGCCGUUAUUGCCCCAAACUCGGAUGUUCGCCCCUUUCCCAUCUCCACUGCUCAGCCGAGGACUUCCCACUAGCAACCCAGCCUCUAAUUUUCCUGGCUACCUCUCACCCCAAUCUGACUACCAGGGUCUCUCACUUGGUAGCACCUCCCGGACCCUCCAGACAGGGGAGGCAGAGGUAGGUUCCAGCGAAGAGGAUGGGAGGGAUGACGAUGUGGUGGAGGUAACAGGGCAGUAGAUAACUACAGAUAAAAACUAUGGAGUUGAGGGGUGCUGCACGUGGCUCUGUGUCACUACGCUUGUGUCCUGUAAACAAUCUGCUUUCCAUCUAUCAUGUGGGUGUUCAAGGCUAAAUGCUUAUGUGUGGAGCAAAAGCCAUGGACAAGAUAGCCACCUAGAAAAUGGUGAAGGGCCACCAUGCACAGGAACCAGCAGUCAUUCCAAGAGGAGAGAAUAAUGGUAUGGUGUACCAGAUAUGAUCAUCCCUAACAAUCUGCAGCCUCUAGAAAACUUUGGCGUCCUCCAUACACGGCACAAGAGGCUUUUUUGAACUUCAAAAUUGACCUUUGUCCCCUCCUACCUAACUUGUUUGAUAAUGUUAUUUUGGAUCGGUCCCAUCUUAGACUCGACGUGUCUAAUCAUUGGAAAAGAGUCCAUCUUUGUCAGCCUGAGUAUCUUCGGUCUUUCGGUUUGUAGCAAGGUCUGGUUUGUUGUAGGGUAUUCUACAAUGCAAUGCCAUCAGCUUUUACUCACGCUAAGUGACCCAUGCUCAAAAAAAAUGAAGGCCCACUUUCGGGUCUGAAACUUGUCAGACUUCUGUAACUAUUGUAUCAUGUGAGGCAAGGAGAACAUAUAUGAGAGCAAUCUGGACUCCGUAACGCUGAGGUAUGUUGGUUGUCCACCUGAAAAGAGGCAGGUAUCUUCCAUAUGAAAGGAAGAGAACCCUACUAUUAUUCUUUGCUAUCAUUCAGGUGAUCGGGUUCUUGUACAGCAGGGUGCUAAUCUGGCGUAUCCAUAGGGAAGCUUCCGUUAGGAACAAAUCCAUUUAUUUUCUCUCUCUCGUCAAUGAAAGGUUGAACGCCUGUAGGCUGUUCCCUUGAUGGGGAUUAGUAAUUUGACCCAUUAUAUAUUUUUUAACGUUAUUGUUUAUUUACAAAAAUCAUUCUUUUGAUAUUGUACAUCAAAUGUUCAGUGAGAGGUUAGAAUGCUGGACUGCACUGAUCGGAGUUUAAAGUCCCACGCAGGAGUGAAUGUUCAGAUACUCAGAGGUCGGUGAGUCUGUGUAGUACAUGUCAGACUAUAUUAAUGGCAGCGCGUAGAACGGGGUUUGUGACAUUUUACUGUGAAGUGAUAUAUAUAUAAAAAGCAGCUGAUCUGCUUUUCCAGGCCUACAGUGCUUUGAGAUGCAUGGUGUUCUCUUCAUCGACCAAAAGUAAAAAGCAUUUUGGUUGGUGAUGGUUCCUGCAAAAAAAAAGAGCGUGUCAAUCAAUUGAGAGAUCUGAACUAUGUGUUCUUUGUGAAAAUAAGAGCCUUACUGAUCAGGCUGUAUGGCCAUCCUUUUGUGUGAAUGGAAGCCAUGCUAAACAUCAUAGAUUAUGUCAGAUCGUCCUAUCCAUAUUCUGCUUCAUUCAGUUUUGUUUGAGAAAAAAAAAAAAUUAUAUUUUUUUGACAUCUAGAAAAACCCUCAAAUGAGAGAGUUGGCUGCUACAUUGAAAACUGAUAGUUAAAAGAAAAAAUGCUUACAAGAGAUUAAGUUGUUCCUUAAUCAAUUAUUCUGUUGUACACGGUUACUCUUGAUCAAAUGUCGAUGAGGAAUAUUAUUUCUAGGUGUCUCCCAAAGAGAUGCAUGGAACCUGAUGCAGAGAACAGCGUGGUUUGGUGGGUCCACAACCACAAUAUGUCGUCGUUUUAUUACGGGAACCUUAUUGCAGCCUUUAUAGACACGGCCGUCACCUUGCGCAAGUUCCUGCUGGGUAUCUUCAGGUGACUGAAUUUUAUAAAUUCAUAGUAGGGCGGAAGGAUAACCUACUAUUAACUCCCUCUAUUUUGUAAAAUGCAACUUAUAGGGAUUUUAAAGACGGCGGCUGUGAAAGUCUAUUGCGUUCAGUGAUUACAAUGCGAUGAGAUAAGACGAUGCUUCUUUUCAUCAGGACAGGGAUCCCUCACACCAGCUCUCUUUAGUAUAGUUACCCUUUAGAUCGCAAGCCUCUCUGGGUUAGGAUAGUAAACAUCGAGCACAAUCAAGGCCAAGUUCAUGUGUCGUUGGGAGACUGCAUGAGUUGCGUUACUAGAGACUCUUUGGAAUAUCAGGACAGUUAUUCGUUGCGGGGACGGUCACCUGUUUAUAAAUAUCCUAUUUAUUUCUACUUUCUUGUGUCCCAUGUCAUUUUUUAAAAAAACAAACAUAUAUAUGGAAAAAAUAAAGACAAGUUACUCGAGGAUGUCAUGUCGAUAAGGCUAAAUGACUACCUUUUUUUUUGUAAAAUAAAUGUUAAAUCUGAGAAAAUGGAACAAAAAAA